AGGAAUCAUGCGCCUGACAUUUUGCGACUCGACUCCGUUACGAGUUCUCCAUCAGUCGCUUGGCCCCGUUGUGUUGCGUUUCAGUAUUUUUCAUUACCAUUUUUUGUAAAGAACAGUUGAAUAAUCAAGAUGGAUACGACGAGUGAACGAGUGACUCUCUAACCGCAGUCCAACAAAAUGUAGCCCCCAAAGUACUUCAAUUGUUGUUUAUUUUUUUUAUUAGUUUUUUUACUGUGGACUAAUGGAGACGGAAAUUCAAGCCACGGGGUUUUAUCCUUCGUAUUGAUCCCCACGAUGAUGCUCUCGGUGGUGGCAGCGUGUUUGUAAACUUUUGACCUCUCGAUAGCCCUGGAAGGGGAGUAUUUUCGGUUGUUUAUUGGUUCGGGGAUUUUAAUGUGAAUCAUGGAGACUGUUGGGGAUUACGAGUACAACACCAAGGAUCUCAUUGGACAUGGGGCUUUUGCCGUUGUCUUCAAGGGGAGACACAGAAAAAAAGCCAAUUUCAUCGUUGCCAUCAAGAGCAUCACGAAGAAGAGUCUGGCCAAAUCCCAGAAUUUACUUGGAAAGGAAAUUAAAAUUCUGAAGGAAUUAACAGAACUCCAUCACGAGAAUGUCGUCGCACUACUGGACUGCAAGGAAUCAAAUCAUAAUGUCUUCCUGGUCAUGGAGUACUGCAAUGGAGGUGAUCUGGCUGAUUACCUUGGCGCUAAAGGUACCCUGUCAGAGGACACAAUCCGGGUGUUCCUGAAGCAGCUGGCAGGAGCCAUGAGGGCCCUCAACGACAAAGGAGUUGUUCACAGAGAUCUGAAGCCCCAGAAUAUUCUGCUGAGCCACAAUUGUGGAAAGGCAUGUCCCCAGCCUCACCAAAUCACCCUAAAAAUAGCGGAUUUCGGCUUCGCCAGAUUCCUCCAGGACGGUGUAAUGGCAGCGACCCUGUGUGGCUCCCCGAUGUACAUGGCGCCGGAGGUGAUAAUGUCAAUCCAGUACGACGCAAAAGCGGACCUCUGGUCCCUAGGCACAAUAGUAUUCCAAUGUCUAACAGGAAAAGCGCCUUUCCAAGCUCACACCCCUCAAGCCCUGAAGUUAUUCUACGAGAAGAACGCAAAUUUGAGUCCGAAGAUUCCCCCAGGCACAUCCCCAGAGUUGUCGCACCUGCUGAUGGGUCUCCUGAGGCGAAACGCGAGGGACAGAAUGUCAUUCGAGGAGUUCUUCACCCAUUCUUUCCUCCAAGGCCCCCGAGAGAGCCCGAGCCUGGUGCCAGUGGAGUUGCCAGCAUCUCCGGAGACUGUUGAGCCCCAGAUCGCAGGGACAGUGGCCCUGUCAGGCCCGGAGACCCACAGCCCCUGCUCCAGCCCCGAAGACGACUUUGUCCUCGUUCCAAGUGAUUUAAGCAGCGAUACAGAUAAUAAUCCCAAUCCCCAGGUGAAGUACACGAAGCAGACGAGUAGAGAGGCUGUCUCACCGCCGAGGCCCUGCUUCCUACCCAUCUCUGAACCCAUACCAGUGCCAAGCCAGCGAACCAGUGUGCAGUCGUCGUCGCCAGGGCGUGGGGCGAGCUCAGUGGUCCCCAGGUCGCAGCCCAUCAGCAUGAAGAGGAGUGUCGAUUCACACCGGAAUCCAUCGGUGGAUAUCGGAUCACUGAGUCCUCCAAGUGUCCAGUUUGUCAUUGGAACUCCUCCUGGGAGACGGCUCAGCGAAACUCCACCACCUCCCAACACCUGGCAGGUCAGUCCUGUCGCCAGGCACUCGCAGCUGUCCUCGGGGGCUUCGCCACUGAGGAGGUCCUCGGUUAAUAAUAGCGCCAGCUCACCACUACUCACUGGCCCUCUUGCCGUGCUGGGGUCACCCACUGCUAGGGCUCUUCAGGAUAAUAAUAAUACGCUGAGGCACUCGCCCGUCAUUCCCUUUGGAACGAGGGCUAUCACACUUCCGGAGAUAUCAGAAGCUGGAAGUUUUCAGAGUUUCUUUCCGGAGCUAAACGCGGGUUCCUCGGACGACCGCCCCUUGACGUUCAUCGCCCCAGAGCUCCCAGAGGAGACCCUCCUGGAGCGUGAGCACAACGAGAUCCUCGCCAAGUUGAAUUUCGUUGUUGCCCUCUGCGAUUGUGUCUCGGAGGUGGCGAGAACCCGCGCUGGUCCCCUUGGCGCUCCACUGGGUGGACUGGAGCAGGCGAGCAAUGCGGCCACUAAGAGAAGGGCAGAACAGGUGAUACUGCUGGUUAGGGCCCUCCAGUGGUUGAGCUCUGGCCUGAGUCUAGCCACCCAGCAACUGAAGGCUGGGAGGCUGCAGCCAACAGCCAGUGUCAAAGAGGUCGUUAGCACCAUGAAUGAUAAAUUUAGAUCCUGUCUCGCCGAGUGCAAACAACUCAACAGCGCCGGAUUGUUGAGACAAACUGGCGCCACUGCUGAUAAAAUACUCUACAAUCAUGCGAUACAAAUGUGUCAAUCAGCAGCCCUAGACGAGCUAUUUGGCAAUCCAGCUGAAUGUUUCCAGCGUUAUCACACCGCCCAGAUUCUCCUGCACUCAUUAUCGCAGCACGUCAGCCACAGUCAAGACAGGGCUUUGCUCAUAAAAUAUAAAUCGGCAGUGGAGAAACGACUGUACGUCCUCCAACAGCAGGGAUACAUAUACGCAACAGAUCCCACGUAACGCUUGUAAAAACGAGAGUAAACCCGUAGGAUCAAAUAAUCGAUCCACUGUUUAACUGUAUCCAAACCAUAAAUAAGUGAAUGGGCGAUGCAAUAAGAAGGAUCAACGAGCAAACAAGCAAAAGUAUAUCAGGGGAGAGUGAUGAGAGAUGAGUGAUGGUUAUCCUUCGAUUUAUUUACAUGAAAAAAAAACAAAUGAUCUAUAUAAAUAAUGUAAUGUAACCGUGAUUUAUCAAUCUUUAUUUCAUAUAAAGUAAUAAACAUGUGUAUACUAUGAAUA